UGAUGGGGGUAUUGCAGGUGAUGUGUAAUUUUCAUGGGGCCUAAAUGCGAAGGUUUUGAGUGGUCUCCUAAUGCUUAGAGAUCUUGUGAUCAAUUUGUCCUUAAGAUUGGCUCGUGGAUGGUGUAAUGAGUGGUUAGAACAUUGAAAGUUUCCUAUGAUAGGCGAUGCCGACGCCGUUGCCCCUUGUCCUUGCUCUUUUUGUUGUCUCCCAUUCAUCAGAAUCUGCAAUUGAAGGGCUCGAAACAAUUGGAAGAAUCCAAGGAGUUUUUUGAAAUUUUCUCGGUUGUGUAUCUAUCAACCUUCUGAUCGAUCCACAAAUUGGAUGGAUACUAAACUAGCUUUGCUAGGAUUGAAAGGUGAAAUGAAUCACAUCUUUUCCCAUAAACCGUUUGUAUGCAUCUUUUUAAUCCCUUUUCUUUAGUUUUUUGCGACUCAUUCGGUCUUCAACUUAUUUCUUAUUAUUUAUUUGGUGAGAAAUUUUGUGGUAUAAAUUUUGGGUUACAUCGAUCGAAAUACAACCACAAAGACUAAAAGCUUUUGAUCUUACGAGGCCCGUGACCUCGAUUUGUACCAACGGGCUGUUAGGAAGCAGAAAAGUACCGAUCUCCGUACAAUUAUGAAUGAAAAUUUGGGUGAUCUCGUCGUAUCAGUGCCGAAACAAAUUAUGAAUGAAAAUUUGGGUGAUCUCGUCGUAUCAGUGCCAAAACAAACUCCGCCCCGACGAUUUUCUUGAAGUCACGAGUUCAACCUUUGUCGUCAUGUUAACAUUUUUUUUAGGAGGGUUUUAAGGGUGUUUAUAUUAUGUUCGGCCCAAAUUAUGACCCAACCUGGCCAAGCCCAGUUGUUGGACAAGACCUAGGCCUAAGAGCUGGUAUUAGUUACUGUCAAAUGGACUCGGACCAUGAUUGGACCCAGCCCGUUAAGGCCCAUUAGUUCCCAGUUGACCCAAUAUCCGUGAAAUGAUUCUUCGUCUCCUUCGGGCUCUUCGCACAUUCCCCAAAGAGCUUCCGCCAAAAACGAAGGGGGAAAAGAAAAUGGCGGGGUGCGUCUCUCCAUCGUCGUCCUCGUGGAAGCCGCUUCUCCGCAAAGCGCUCGACUCCAACGCCCACCUCAAGCACUCCGUCUUCUUCCAACUCGCGACGAUCGGAGCUAAUGGGAGACCCUCGAAUCGCACCGUGGUAUUCAGAGGGUUUCAGGAGAAUGGUGAUAAGAUUCAGAUCAACACAGAUGUCCGAAGCAAUAAGAUUGAGGAGAUCAAGCAUUGCCCCUUUGGAGAGAUAUGUUGGUACUUCACCGACUCCUGGGAGCAGUUCCGAAUAAAUGGAACGAUCGACUUCAUUGAUGGGUCGAACUCUGAUCCUGCAAAGCUUCAGCAAAGGGAGAAAGCUUGGUUCAUGAGUUCUUUAAAGUCAAGAAUGCAAUACUUAGGACCUGCUCCUGGUAUUCCAGUUAUAGAUGAAGGUACUGCGAAGGAGAACCAUCUUGAUCCAACUGCUGGCCCAGUUGAUGCAUUCUGCCUCUUGGUUUUCGACCCAGAACAGGUCGAUUACCUAAAUUUAAAAAGCAAUGAGAGGCUGAUGUUCAGAUCCAGACAAAGUAGUGAUGGCGGCAAAGGUUGGAUGUUUGAGAGAGUCAACCCAUAAGAUGUGAAAUUGGCAUCACAUGUCUACAGCAUCUCAAUCUGCACAAUUUUGAUGGUAAUCAACUGUGGCAUUAAAGUCAUUCUUUUAAAUCCAAUGUUCUUUUUUGGUAAAACUUGCUUAUAAUGCUAGAGUAUUGUCAAGUUUCCUCUGCAUUCACUGUUCAUAAAGCCCUGUUCCUGAAAAUGUGGCUGCUUCAACGGAAAUUUCAUAACCAUUCUUUUCCUUGUUAUAAUCGUGACAUCUGGGAAUCAGGAAACUAUUUUCAAUUGAAACUUUUAGAUGCAAGAAUAAGGGCUUGUAAUAUGGUUGAAAUAUUUUAGUUGAUAGAUUUUCAAGCAUGGAAAAGCUCUGUACCAUUGUAUAUUUACUGACAUUUGGUUGCAUUAUUCAAAUGCUGCAUUUGAUAAAACAUUUGAGGGACCAAAGGAGUUAUUCAGAAUCUGCACUUUUUGAGUA